GGCAAAACAGUUGCUUAACUAGAGCUCUAUCUCUGCCAAAAGAAGAGGAACCAUUUUGGUUCAAAAAUGAGAAUAGCUAUGAACAAUGCAGCGGAAAGAUGGGCAACAUGACCAUGAGUCACGUAAUGACUAAAACAAGAAGCGAUAGAAACAAAACAACAUGAGCUUUGUGAAUACUAAUCAAACCAACGACACCUUUUCUGAUGAAGAUGACUAUUACAUAGAUGAUGGCUGCCCUCCGAGUAAGGAAGCAACGAGGCCUCAAUAUUUGACCAAAGUCAUGAUGUACGCCCUUAUGAUAGUGGUGUCCUUGAUCGGAAAUGUCUUGAUAAUAUCUGUUACUCGACGCACCCGAAGUAUGCAGAAGGUAGCUUUCCACUUUGUUGUAAACAUGGCCAUCGCCGAUCUCGUUACCACGUUGAUUAACAUGCCGGAAGCCUUGACGGUUGAGAUACGAAAUUCAGAUGACUGGUUGGUAACAGGAGACGCAGGAGUCAUUCUCUGUAAGCUAUUGCCCUUGUGCCAAGGCGUCUGUGCGUUUUGCUCUAUUCUUAGCUUACUAGCGAUUGCACUGGACAGGUUCCUCGCCAUCUGCUUGCCUCUUAAGAGAAUCAUGACAGGAAGAAUCGCUAAGGUUAUUAUUGUAAGUACUUGGCUGAUUCCUUGCCUUUCAAGUGCCCCAAUGUUAGUAGCAAACAUUGUCGUAGAAGAUCAUGGACAGUUUUUUUGUAUUGAAAAGUGGCCAGUUCCUUUCGACGACGAAAAGACAGCAAGGGAUUACACAAUAAUUCUGUUUGUGCUCUUCUACGCUCUUCCAUUAAUAAUCAUAUCAACUUUGUACAGUUGCGUCAUCUAUAAGAUCUGGCGAAGGAGGGUUCCAGGACACCGCUUGGCCUCAACUACUCGACUUUACACCCGUAGCAGAAAAAAAGCAUUAAAAAUGUUCAUGGCAAUCGUUCUUUGUUUCGCACUUUGCUGGCUUCCGUAUCACGUCUUGUUCUUUUUAGUGACCUUCGAUACGGACUUUUACAAAUGUGGAGUGCCUCUAACUGUGGCCUUUGUUUCUUUUUUUCUCUCCCAUGCCUUAAGUGCACUGAACCCAUGCAUAUACCUGAUAUUCAACAAAGACUAUCGAACUGGGGUAAAGCGUUUGCUAGGAUCCUGUGCUAAGUGGUCAGAUACGGUACACCCUGAAUUUAACACUGGUAGUGAUAUUAACACACAAACAGGCGUCCAGGAGGAUCGGGAGAUGACCACGUUUCAAGCUCAAAGUCCUCAAAGCGGCAUCAGAAACUCGUCACUGAGAACAAUAAAAAAAAAGUAGUGAUCAAAAUGAUCCUAAUUUCAAAGCACCUAUGGUUAGGUUCAAUCUCGGUUUCAAAUAUUUAUCAUGAACGUGGUAUACGCUCGAUUCCAGAAACAUUGACACUGGAAAAGCGUUAGACAAUAAAUUUUGAAAUCCAACGAAAUGGGUACGCUUGUGUAAAAGAUAAUAGCUAUAAUUAUUGUUCUCGGCGAAAGAUGGAUGCCAUUCACACAUUCCUGAUAGAAAAGAAUUAUUUUAAAAAAUUAUUUCAGUCUUCAAAUUUAACUAAUGAUUUAUGUAAAUCAUAAUUACCGUAUUCCGUGGUUCAAGUAUUUAAGGUUUCCACAUUUUUGCAACUGAGUGAGUAUAUCAUAAUCGCUGGCUAACUGAAUCGAGUGUGAUAAGCCAAGUAUUGUUAAUUUUUGGAGCAGCUUAGGAAGAACAAAAUAGCUUACUGUCUCGCUGCUGCUACCUACCUGAUUAUUUCGAUGAAAGAAGCAGCAGAUAAAAUGAGUACGGUUGACCAGGAACAUCCAGAAGUUCUUAAUUCUUAUCCGCAAGAAGGAACUUCUGUAAUCACAAGUCGCUUUACUAGCAUUGCGCGGCGAGAGUAUAUUUUCUACCGGCCGCACGUCCACAUAUGCGAAUUGUAUCUUUUGUUGAGGUGUGUGUGGUUGAUACGAAAUAAAGUUUUCAUCUGAACUUC